AUGGGUGCCUCCCAGUCAUCGCACAAGGCUGGUGCGGCUGGAGGCACCGCAUCCAACGACGCCAACGGAGACCCUGCUUUUGUCGAUUACUACGAGCUCCUCCACAUCGAGCAGACGGCCUCCACGGACGAAAUCCGCAAAGCCUACCGCAAGCUCGCCCUCAAGCACCACCCAGACAAGAACCCUGACAAUGUCGAGCAGGCAAACAAAAUCUUUCACAAGCUACAAGAGGCUUACGAGAUCCUUUCUGACGAUACGGAGCGUGCAUGGUACGACCAGAAUCGAGAGCGCCUUCUCAACGGCGAAGGUCCCGACUUGGAUGACGAGCAAGUCUUUGAAGCCUUCAGGUCUGGAGCAGCGGAAGCGCCUCAGCCAACGAGCUCCUCGCGUGGACUGACGGCCAAGGCCUUGCUUCGAUUCUUUGACCCGAGUCUAGCGAAGGACUUCACCGAUGGUGACAACGGCUUCUAUGCCACCUACCGUCGCCUGUUCGAGCGUCUUGCGCAGGAAGAGCGCGUAGCAGCCCCAUACCCGGGAGAGGAGAAGGACAGCACCAUACCAGCCGCUGAUGCCUAUCCGUCCUUCGGAUACGGCCAUACCCCUUACUCGAAUGCAAAGGGUCAAGAAGCGGCAGUCCAUCAGACACCGGCAAAAGAUUUCUACAACGUCUUCAUGAACUUCCAAUCGCGCAAGAGUUUCGGCUGGUUCGACAAGUACGAUCUUCGCGAUGCACCGGAUAGAAGAGUCAAAAGACUCAUGGAGAAGGAGAACAAACGCGCCAGAGACGCUGCGAGACGCGAGUACAACGACGCCGUUCGCUCUCUUGCUGCUUUCGUACGCAAACGAGAUCCACGAUACAAAAAGUUCCAAAGCGAGCUCAAUUCGACCGGGCCCGGAUCGACUGCAGAUCUCGCCAGGAGAAAGGCCGAGGCGGAAAAAGUCAGACUCGAGAGAGAGGCACGAGCACAAUCGUAUCAGGCGCAGAGCUGGCAGCAGCCCGACUACCGUUUCUCGGAUGAAGAAGAGGACGAUGAAGAUAAGGACGACAGCGGCAGCACGGGUAGUAACGGAGACAGGGACGAGGAUGGCCGAGAGGAAGAACCGUCAAGGUCAACGCAAGCGAUCGACCCUCUCGAUGACCCGUCUUUCUCUGGCUGGGACUGCGUGGCGUGCGACAAGUUCUUCCAAUCCGAAGCUGCCUUCCGCAAUCACGAGCGCAGCGCAAAGCACAAAAAGGCUGUACAAAAGCUGCAACGCGCAAUGCAGGACGAGGAUGACGAGCUCGGCCUAGGCCUCGACGCCGAAGACAUCGCCAUGGAUGCGUCCCUGGCAGACAUGCACCUCGACGGCGGCAAGGCGCAAAAUAAGACCGAUGCCAAUGUCUCGGCUGGCUUCUCGAUACCCACCUUUGCUGCCGAUGCAGCAGCAGGCAAGAGCAAGAAGCAGAAGAAGCAGGCCAAGAAGCGCAGGCAGAUGGAGCAAGUCGCUGGGCGUACGUUGGAUGAAGACGGCUUUGUGGUGCAAGACUUGAAUCGAAAGCAGCCCGCCAAGCCCAAGGUGAAGGAGGAGGUCACUCCUACGGCUGAUGAAGGGGAGGAUAACGGUGAUGGACCUCCUUCAGUCCACGUCAUCGACGACGAGGCUUCAAAUGGGAUUGCAGCCGGUACUGAUGUGUGCGAUCAAGUUGGCGCAGGUGAUGAAGAAAGUGCACCGCCAAAAGCUUCUCAGUUGCAGCCAGUGAAACCGCUCGCGUUCGAAGAAGAAACUGCUGCAGUCGCCUGUGACGAUCCCUGGGGAGGGCUAGAGGACCCCUACAUCCCCGCCUCUGCCUUUUCAUCGACCAUCCCACCCCCUCUGCCAGCACUAUCACGCCCAGCCGGAUCGUUCGACAUCUUUGGCUACGGUAGCCUCAUCUUCAAGCCACCACCUUACGUCAUCGCAGCGACACCCUGCUACAUCAAAGGCUUCGUUCGCCGCUUCGCCCAGCACUCGGUCGACCAUCGAGGCACGCGCGAGCGUCCCGGGCGUGUCGUCACGCUUGUCAAAGCCGCCGACUGGCACCCACUGCGCAAAGCUGCCAAGGUGGACGAGCCCAAAUCGCCCGAGGGCGAUAUUGUGUGGGGCGUAUCGUUCACCAUCGAUCCCGAGCAUGCGGCAGUGGUGAGGCAGUACCUCGACUACCGCGAGAAGAACGGGUACAGUGCGAUGCAUGUUCCGCUGUACACCAAGUCGAAAGACGAGCAAGGUGGGCAAGAGAGUUUGGUACUCAAAAAUGCGCUCGUGUACGUUGGGUUGCCGUCGAAUCCCGCUUUUGUAGGCCCGCAGUCGCUCGACGCGCUCGCACAACGCAUCUACACGUGUGCCGGUCCAUCUGGUCCCAACCCGGAGUACCUGCUCAACCUCGCCAAAGCGGUCAGAGAGCUUGCGCCGCAGUCGGUUGAUCACCAUCUCUUUAGCCUGGAAAAGCGGCUGGUCCUUCUGCAGGAACAGAACGUCGACCCCGCGCUGCUCAUCGCGCAAGAGUCCAAGCAGCAUGCGUCAACAACGUCGGCGACGCCAAACGAGCAUGAUGAUGACGACGUCACAGAAGCAGCGAGAGGAGGCAAGGGCAAGAAAGGCGGUAGCAAAGCCAAACCGACGGGCAAGAGCAAGGAGUGGUGCAAUGUGUGCAAUGCCGGAUUCGAGAGCAGGAGCAAGCUGUUCAACCACAUUCGGGAGACAGGCCAUGCUUUGGCGGGCGAACAGCCGAAUGGAAAGAAGGGCAGACGCAAGUAA